AUGUCUUACCGUUACGUCUAUCCAAAUAGGGCAACAGCCGUAGGUGCAGCUCCUGUUAGUGGUUAUAAUGUCGAUCCAGGAUUAAUGUCUGCUGGUUAUCCAAAUGGUAUGACAACAAAUAUGUAUGAUGAUCGUCGACGACGAUCAUAUUCACCCGGAUCAUUUUCGUCGGACAGUGAAAGUACUGAUGAUUAUGAAUAUCGCGGGCGAAUGAUUACACGUGAAACACGAUGUCCACGCGAUGUUGUUCGUGCACCAACUCCACCUCCAAUUAUUAAACGAGUAGUUGAACGAGCUCCAACACCUGAAGCACCUGUUAUGGAACGAGUUAUUAUUCGACCACAAGCUCAGGAAAUUGUUGAACGUGUUAUUGAACAACCACGUACACCACCACCACGCAUCAUUCAAAAAGAAAUGCAAGAAGAAGCACCACCACCAAUUGUUCGAACACGAGUUAUCAAAGUUGAUCGUCCACUUUGCAAUGCUUAUAGUCAACCAGGUUCACCAUUUGAUACUCCAUUUAAUGGAUUAUCUUCAUGUUCUAAUGGUGUUAUGGGAGGUAGUAAUCCUUAUCGAACUCAUUCAAUUCUAGGUUCAGUUGGACGACCAGUUGUAUAUCGUAAUGUACAUGAUAAUAAUCCAAGUUUUUCAUCGGCAUCAAGUUUUGAAUAUAAUCCACCGGCACCAAUGGGAACAGCAGCUCCUCAAACAACAAUGAUGAUGAUGCCAGUACAACAACAAGUACAACCUAUGGGUGUUAUGCAACAACAAUCAGUAGCACAACAAGUACAACCAAUGGGCAUCAUGCAACAACAACCAGGACAAACUAUGGGCGUCAUGCAACAACAACCAGGACAAACUAUGGGCGUCAUGCAACAACAACAACCAGGACAAAAUAUGGGUAUCAUGCAACCACAACCAGUACAACAAAUGAUGUAUCGACCAGUUCAAAUACAACCAUCAGUACAACAAAUGGCACCUCAAUCAAUUCCACAAUUAUCAUCAAAUUAUAUUCCUCAAAAUUAUGUUCCUCAAAAUUAUAUGUAUCCAGCACAUCAAGGAAUGUCAUUUGGUUAUCGUCCAAUGUUGCGACAAGGUAGAAUGAUUCCAAAUGGUAUGCAAAUGAUGGCUGCUGGUAAUACAUUUGCUCCACCAGCAAGUCAUUUUCCAAAUCAACCACCAAUGUAUAAUCCAAUGACUCAACAACUCGUCUAUUAG